CUGAAUUCCCCACACCCACCUGUAUAUAAAUAAACCUCUCCCAAGUACACAGAGACACAGUGCAGAGAGGCAGAAGCAAAGGCAGCAUCACCCCAAGGCUUCACAAGUCUUCUCCUCUGCUGCUGCCUUCUCCCUUCUUCUACCCUGCUGUGAGGGUUAGGUGAAAGCAAGAAACUUUCCUGAAGAAGAUGGGAGAACAGAGGUACAGGUUCUUCUGUUGCGGGUGCGGUGCCAAUGCGGCGGCCGGCGACCGGGAGGGCGAUGAGGAAACGGACUACUCCGGCGCCGGGGUGCUCGAGAAGAAGGUUGAGAAGGGGGAUGAGGCCGGGCCGCGGCGGCUGUCGUUGGCGCAGGUGGAGGCGAUGACGGCCGGGUUCACCUCGGCUGUGGUCGGCGAGGGCGGGUUCAGCACCGUGUACCUCGCGCGCCUCUCCGGCACGCUCGCCGCCGUCAAGGUCCACCGCAGCAGCGAGCGCCUCCACCGCGUGUUCCGCCAGGAGCUCGACGCGCUCCUCCGCGUCCGCCACCCGCACAUCGUCCGUCUCCUCGCCUUCUGCGACCAGCAAGAGGAAGGCGUGCUGGUGCUGGAGUUUGCGGCGAACGGGAACCUGCACGAGCGGCUCCACGGUGGGGGCAAGGCCGCAAGGACGAUGCCGUGGGCGCGGCGGGUGUCGGUGGCGCUGCAGGUGGCGCGGGCGCUCGAGUACCUGCACGACCGGUGCGAGCCGCAGGUGGUGCACGGCGAUGUAAAGGCCUCAAACGUGCUCCUGGACGCGUCAAUGUCCGCCAAGCUCUGCGACUUCGGGUCGUCGGGGAUGGGGUUCUCCGCCGCCGUCCGGCCGCGGUCGUCCGCGCACACCAUGCUCGGGUCCCCGGGCUACGUCGACCCGCACUACAUCCGCUCCGGCGUUGUCACCAAGAAGAGCGACGUGUACAGCUUCGGCGUCCUGCUCCUCGAGCUCCUCACCGGCAUGGAGGCCUUCUGCGCCGAGGAGGGCCGCCUCCUGACCGCCGUCCUCAAGCCGUGGCUCAGUGCCAGCACCCCGUGCGACGCGCGCGGGCUGGUCGACGAGAGGCUGGGCACCGCCUACGUCGCCGCGGAGGCCGCCGCGGUGGCGGCGCUGGCCGCGUCCUGCGUCGGCGAGAACCCCAGCCUCCGGCCGUCCAUGGCCGACGUGGUGCGCACCCUCGAGCAGAGCGCGCACGCCUCCAUCUCGGCCGUCGGGAAGAGAUCGGACGGCAACGGGAAGGUGUGAGCCACGAGGGAAGUCGUCGCAUCCUCCGAGGCGCUCAGAUCUGGCUUGCUGAGUUGUUAACUUGUGGUGAUGUCAGCCGCACACGUGGCGCCCAUCUAUUGGAUGCUAGGAGAAAAGGCGUUAUUAGUAGGCGAGCAUAUAAAAAACGAAUCAAAAAAGAAGGAAAAAGCGUGGGGAAAAGGCGUCGAUUUAGGAAAAGAUUUGGAGGAGAGAAAAAGGCAGAUUCUGUGUGCUAAUGAGGAUUUUCGGGUCAUAUUAUGCUAAAACAGCAGCGGUUUGGGAGAUGCAAAAAAAGAAAAAAUAAGGAUCGUCCAUUACACGAUUCUAAGAUUUUGUUGAUUCUUAAUUUCUUUUGCUAUUAUGUAAAGUCCAUUGAAUGUUCAUGACCUCUUGCUCA